GACACCGUCCGCCCCCCCCUCGCAAAGCGGGACCUUCACUUCACCCCGUAGCCUUGCUGCACCACACCGAGCCGUCCAGCAUGAAACCCAGGUCUCUCGCCUCCAGGCUUUUCGAUAGGAGCGCACCAGCGCCGGGGGGGAGCCCAAGAGCAGCGGGCGCAGCCAAGUAUGAGAGACAGGUGGACUGCCGAGAGGAGGAGGCACGGGGCGAGAGGUGCCACCGAGAAAUUCAUUUCGCCUUUCUGCCCGAGAAGUAUGAGCCGUUGGUGGAGGUGGAGGAGGCACAAGUAAAAGCCAAAGAGGAGAGGAAGAAAAAGAGGAAAGAGAAGUACAACAAAGUAAAGAAGAAUUUUGGCAAAGCACUGCGCUGCAGUUGGAAGUGUGUAAUCCUGGGCCUCUACAACUUUGCCCUGGGGUAUUCAACCCCAAUCACAGCCGCAGCUACCUUCAUCCCUGACUUCCAUCCUAGCAGGGCCAGAUGCUGAGCCACAUCAUGUAUCCCCUCCACUACACACACUGGUCAUGUCAGUUUGACCUUUAAGCUAAAACACAUCACAAAUCAUAUGUUGUAUAUAAGAUGCCAUUUGAGUGAAACUUACAUCCUUCAUUUGUUUCUAAUUGUUUUGUUGUUUUUGGUUUUUUUUAUCCAAAGAUAGAAGUUGCACAUUGAUCCAAAAGUAUUGUAUCUAAUGUUGAAAUGCUUGAUUUUGAUUUUGGAUGACUUAUUUGUAUUUGUUGGGCAUCAAGUUUAUCUUCUAUGUAAAUGUUUUUUUGUAACAAAUGAUAUUUACGUUUACAGUUCUGCAGGCAAAAACGGAUGCAGAAUCUGUAAUUUUGUAUUCUGUGAUAAAAAUACUUUUGUCAUAAAAUUGGAAUAGACCACCUCGACAAGUCUGGACCCUUGGGCUCAAUAACAUUGGUUAUCCAGUAACAGCACACUUACUCGGUUAUUUAAAACAAUCAAAAAAGUGCUAUGUGCAAUGAGAAAAUCUUGAUAAGUAUUAGUUUGUAUGGCUUUUUAACCAAGAUGACUGACUGCGGACUAAGUGAAUUGUGACAGUGGCUAGAUAAAUAAGGACUUUAAAUGUAGAGAUGGAAGUGAGUCCAACCAAGAAAGUCUUGAGGGUGUCCCCAAAUUAGGAUUCCCUCCCUGAUAGCAAUUCUCCAUCCCAACUCUAUAAACCCGUUUUACAUUUUAUACGUUCAUUUUGAAGGUGACUGAGCUAAGCUAUCCAACACUGUUUGGAUGUAUUAAGUUGUUCUGUUGGCCCAGCGUAAGGAACAUGCCUAUAAAAGGUGUGAGAAGUAAGCCAAUGAUGAACUUUGUGAACUUGUUUGUUGUAUAUUUUAAGGACGGCUCUGUUGAAAAUGUUUGAGUUAAAUAAUGUGAUAAACUGUGAUCCCAAACAGUCAUUUGCAGUACCAAAGCUUUUUUUUGUUUUUGUUUUUGCUUUGAUUACAAUGAGCCCCUCUGCCUCAUUACGUUCACACGAGGAAUGUUGGGAGAGACUCAUUUUCAUAUCUGUUAAGGAAGAUUAAAAUCACUGCAUAGCUUGGGAUCAUCGGUAUGAUUUUAACACGAUACAUUCAGAUUGAUUUUAUUUCAAACAUGCUAAAAUAACAAAAUAAAAUACACAGGCAGGAAUACAAGAACAAAUGGAAAUAAUAGUAAACAUAUUUUGCAAACCCUCUGUAGCAACACAAGUAAUAACUGGACCAUGUUUGAAAAGGGCGUUGGAUGAAGUAAAGAACUUUUCUGGUCCUACCCCUUUUUUAUACUUUAUCAAUCAAAUCAAACCAAAACAAAAACAACAAAAAAACAACUUUCAAGACAAAACAAAAGUGGAAAAAAUAAAAGAAAUGCCAAUGCAUAGAGAUCAAAAUAAACAAAACAGUACAAGUCAAACAAGGGACCUUACACCUCAUGUAUCAUGUCAUGUUAUUCCAGACCACCUCUUUGCUCAUCCACCCUAUAGCUAUUCAAUCCGUUAUUUUUAAAGAGUUGUUUAAACUUACUUAUUGAUGUACACAUCUUAAUUUCUUUUUUACAGUUGUUCCAUAGAUUGACUCUUUUGGUUGAUACACAAUGAAGUUUUGCAUUUGUCCUCACUAGUUGUUUUUUGAAUAUACAUAUUCCUCUGAGAUCGUGUUUACUUUCCCUCCUUUGGAACAACUUUUGGACACUGUUUGGUAACUGCUGAUUUUUUUUUACUCUGUACAUGAUUUGAAUUGUUUUGAAGUCAACCAAAUUCUUAAAUUUUAGUGCUUUCGGUUUGAUAAAGAGUGGGUUUGUAGGCUCACUGUAAGUGGUUUUGUUUAACAUCAUAAAUGACGUUGAUCGGUUUUUUUUUAGUUCUGCUUCAUGAACUU